CGCAGCUCCAUCAUGGCGCCCGCGGUCUCUUCCGUCGCGGUCAACGCUAUACGCGUCGCCCCCACCGUCGGUGGGGAACGCAAGGGAGCAACACCCACCGUCGCGACGAACGCGCGCGCGUCGCAGGUCUCCGGACGCUUCGUCGCGUCUAAACUCGCCCCCGGAGGUCGCCGCGCGCUGCCGCGCACGCCCCAAAAUGGCGGGCAAAGGUCCUCCUCCGUCGUCCCCUCCGCGACCGCGGACACGGACGCGGAGCUCGCCAAGGCGGAGAACCAACUCCGCGCGAUGUUGUCCCCCGACACCCCCGCGCCGAGCUCCUCCGAGGUGAGGCAGAUGCGGAAAAAGAUCGCCAGCCUGAAGAACAGGAACGAGCGCCCGUCGAGCCAGGACAUGCGCGCGGAGCUUCAGAGGCUUCAGCAGGAGAACGUCGCGCUUCUCCAGCUGAAGCAGAUGGAGAUCGAGAACCUCGAGCUCAAGCAGAGGGCGGCCGUAAACCAGGGGCAACCCGUGUCGAACAGCGCAGCCAUCGAGAAAAAACAAUCCGAGCUCGCGGGUCUUCUCGAGAAGCAAGCCGAGCUGAAGCGCAUCAUGGAGCUGGAGCAGAACCUUCGCUCGCAGACGACGAACGCGGAGAAGCAAGCGCAGGCACAAACCGCGGCGGAGGAGCAGGCGAAGGUGGAGAAGGAAGCCGUCGAAGCCGCGAAAGCUCAGGCUAUGCGCGAACAAGAAGUCGCGAAGGUCGAAGCCGAGGAAGCGCAGGUGAAGGCCGAGGCCGAAGCCGCGCUCGCGCAAGCCGAGGCCGCGAAGGCUGCCGCGGAACAAGCCAAGGCUGCCGCGGAACAAGCCAAGGCUGAACUCCUCGCGGAGAAGGAAGCGCGCGCGAAGAAGGCUGAGGAGGAAGCCGAGAAAACCAGGGCGAAGGUCAACGCCGCCGCUGUUGAAGAAGCCGCCGCGCUCGAGGCCUCGGCUCAAGAAGCCGAGAUGGCCUCGUCCGCCGUCGCCGUCGCCGUCGUGGAUAAACCUGUGGAACUCGACGACGACGCCGCCGAGGCUGCCGCCCUCGAGGCUGCCGCCCUCGAGGCUGCCGCCCUCGCGGGCGCGGAGCUCGAAGCCGCCGCGCUCAUGCCGCCGACGCCCCCCGAGCCGCCGAAGGCGCCGUCCCCGACUGGCGCGACCGGUAUGAACCCGGCGGACACGAAGGCGCAGCGCGCCGCGGAAGCCAAGGCGAGAGCCGCGGCUGCCGCGGCGUACAUGAACGGCGGCGACGAGGCCACCGCGCUCAUGGGCAUCGCCGCGCCCGAAGCGGCUGCGCCGACGCCGCCCGCGCCGCCGAAACCGCCUACGCCGCCCGCGCCGCCGAAAGCGCCGACGCCGCCUGUCAAGGUUGUGCCCAUGGUGGACGACGAAGCCUCCGCGCUCGCCGCCGGCCAAGCCGCCGAGACUGAAGCCGUCCAAUCUGCGGCGAAGAAGCAAAAGGAAGAGGAAGAAGCCGCCGCUCUCGCGGCCGCGGAAGCCAAGGCUGCCGCGGCUCAGAAGGAGGCCGACGAAAUUGCCGCCGCCGCGAUGGCCGCGGAGCAAGCCGCCGCGGAAGCCGCGAAGAAGGCGGCGAUGACGCAAUCGGAGAAGCAAGCCGCGGCGAAGCAGUAUUUCGCGGCCCAGGCGGAUAUCGCGGCCAAGGCCGAGGCGGAAGCGAAGACCGCGCUCGAGGAGAAGGCGAAAGCGAUCGCGACCGCGAAGGCGAGAGCCCUCGACGCCGCGAAAGCGGAGCUCGCCAAGGGGGACCGCGCCGCCGCGGAGAAGGCUGCCGCGGAUCGCGCCGCGAGCGCGACCGCCGCCGCGGAGAAAGCCGCCGCGGACAAGGCGAUAGCGAAGGCACAGGCGGAGAAGGCCAUCGCCGCGGACGCGCUCGCGAAGGAAGCCGCCGCGGAGGAAGCCGCGAUCGCGCAAGCCGCCGCCGAAGAGGCGGCGCGGAUCCAAGCCGAAGCCGAAGAGGCCGCGCGCAUCAAGAAGGAAAAAGAGGAGCAGGAAAUCGCGGAAACCAAGGCAAGAGCCAAGGCCAUGGAGAAGGCGAAGGCGCGGGCGAAGAAGAACCCAAAGCAAGCGUACAAGGACCUCGACAAGCUGAUCAAAUCCGGCGAAGGCAACGCGGAGGACUGGCAAGCGGCGAAGAAGCAGGCGGACGAGACGAUCGGCCACCUCCUUCACGUCGUCAAGAACGGCACCGUCCCGAAGACGGGCGAUCACUGGUUCGUCGAGCCCGCGAUGCCCGAGGCUGGCGGCGAGGUCACGGUCUACUACAACGCCGCGGCGACCAACCUCGCGGGGGUGAAGCAGUACGGAAGCAUCACCAUCAACUCCGGCUGCAACAACUGGGAGGAGCCGCAGAAGGAGGUCAUGCAGCCCGUCAAGGGGCGGUUCAAGGCCACGGUGGACGUUCCAGACGACGCGUUCGUCAUGGACUUCGUGUUCAGCGACGGCGGCUCCGAGUACGACAAUAAUACCCGCGCGGAUUACCACGUCCCUAUCGACGGCGCGGAGGAGCAGCUCGACGUCCAGCGGUAUCGCCAAGCCGUCGAGCUGUACCACGAUCUCGUGGAAGAGCGCUUCGUUCGUGAGAAGAAGGCGGCGAUUCGCAAGGAACGCCGCGACAAGAUCCGCAUGAAGUCCAAGGCUGCGGCCGCGGAGGUCACGCGCAAGCAGCGCGAGCACGUCCUCUUCGUCGACCCGCCGCAGCCGCUCGCGGGCGAGACGGUCCGCGUGCACUACAACCCCUCGAACACGUGCAUGAAAACCGCCGCGGAGGUGUACAUCGUCGGCGGGUGGAACCGCUGGUCGCACAUCGAGAACAUCGGGCCGAUUAAGAUGGAGAGGAGCGACCCGACGCAGACGCACGUCGUCGCGGAGUUCCAAGUCCCUGCGGACGCGUACAAGAUGGACUUCGUCUUCGCGUCUUCGCCAGACGGCACCGGGAUGUUCGACAACAACAACCGCCUCGAUUACCACGUCCCGAUCAAGGGAGGGAAGGACAUCGGCGGGAACAAGGUCGGGGAGAAGCCGAUGCAUAUCGUCAGCGUCUCCGUCGAGAUGGCCCCGAUCGCGAAGGUUGGCGGUCUCGGCGACGUCGUCACCGGCCUCGGCAGAGCGAUGAAGGAGGAAGGACACCGCGUCGAGGUCGUCGUCCCGAAGUACGACGUCAUCAACUACGAGGCUAUCCAGGACUUCAAGGAGAUCACCGGGUUCGCGUGGGGCAGCACGUACAACAGGGUGUUCCACGGUAUCGUCGAGGGCGUGGACACGUACUUCAUCGAUCCGGAGAACGGCAUGUUCCAGGUUGGGAUGAUUUACGGCACGGAUUACCUCGAGAUUCCGAUGACGGACGCGGAGCGAUUCGGGUUCUUCAGCAAAGCCGCGCUGGAGUGGAUGCUCCAGAGCAACCGUCAGCCGGACAUCAUCCACUGCCACGAUUGGCAGACCGCGCCGGUCGCGCGAUCUUACUGGGAGGACUACCACAAGUUUGGCCUCUCCAACCCCAGGAUCGUGUUUACGAUUCACAACCUGAACUACGGCGCGCCGCUCAUCAAGGAGGCGAUGACGUACUCGCAGGUCAGCACGACGGUGUCGAGGACGUACCGCGAGGAGGUGUCCGGGCACGAGUCGAUCUACGAAAACCUCGACAAGUUCCACGGCGUCGUGAACGGCAUCGACCCGGACAUCUGGGACCCCGCGAACGACGACUUCCUUCCGAGGUACUUCGACGAGCACGAGUGCAACGACGGCAAGGCGGCGGCGAGGGCGGCGUUGUGCGCGCACAGCAACAUCCCGAACAAGACGGAGGCGCCGAUGAUCGGCAUCGUCACGCGUUUGACGACGCAGAAGGGCAUCCACCUCAUCAAGCACGGGAUCAUGCGAUCGUUGGAGCGGGGCUGCCAGGUCGUCAUGCUCGGGUCCGCGCCGGACCCGGAGGUGCAGCAGUCUUUCGAUCAGAUGUUCCACGAGCUGAAACAAGGAUACCACGACUUCAUGUGCUUCCACCUGUACUACAACGAACCGUUGUCGCACCUUAUUUACGCGGGUGCGGACAUGAUCUUGGUGCCGUCCAUGUUCGAGCCGUGCGGUUUGUCGCAGCUCAUCGCGAUGCGGUACGGUACGGUGCCGAUCGUGCGGCGGACGGGUGGUUUGAACGACACCGUGUUCGAUUACGACAUCGAUCACGGGAAAGCGGAGUGGGAGGGGAUGAAGCCGAACGGUUUCAGCUUCGACGGGGUGGACGAGUCGUCGAUCGACUACGCCCUGGACAGAGGUAUCGACCUCUUUUACAACAGGCCGGGUGACUUCAGGGAGCUGCAGAGGAACUGCAUGACCCAGGACUGGAGUUGGAACAGGCCCGCGCUCGAGUACAUCGAAGUUUAUCACGCCGCGCGUAAACCUUUCUAAUUCUAAGCAAGGUUCGCGUCACGCGUGAACGGGGUGGGUUGGGAAAUAAGCAAGUAGUGAUUCUUUCGAAUUCUUUCAGAGCAUGUAAAUACUACGCAAGCAGCAAUUCAUAA